GAGAAAAUAUACAAGGCAAGCAAAACGGCUGUAAUGAAACUAAACAUUUGGAGAUGAACAGGCCUGCAGCUCUUCGGGCGAAUCCAUCAGGAGAAAUUGCUGUUAAGUUUGAUGGCACAUACCAGACAAGGGGCUUUAGCAGUAAGGUAGCCGUAGUGUGGAUAUCGAAUGCUGACACAGACGAAAUUCUUGACUUUGUCAUCCAAAGCAAGAAAUGCUUUACCUGUGACCAGUACUCUGAACGUUCUUCUGCUCCCAUGCACGAGUGUACUUCGAACUACAUUGGCAGUUCCUGUGAGAUGGAGAGAAAAGCAGCAGUAGAGAUGUUUGAGCAAUCCAGGUCUUUCAAUCUUACCUACCGCGCUCUUGUCUCAGACGGAGACUCAAAAUCAUACAUUGACGUUUUUGGGAUCUAUGGUAUCUGCAAGCAGUGCAUGGACAACAAACAAAAGUUCACGAACCUCGCGGAUGCAUCAUUUACUGAGUGGGUAAAGAGUGAGAGCUACACUGAUUGGUGUGAGUCACAAUCCUUCAUGCAAAGUUGUAACCAAAAUCCUAGAAUCGCUCAACCAACUUGUGUGGCUGAACACACCGAAGCACAAGUUUCAUGGAUAUAAGAGGGUUUACAU